AUGAAUUUCGCAAAGAUCCUAUCCUUCGUCUUCGCUCUGGUGCUGGCUUUGAGCAUGACCAGCGCUGCUCCCGAGCCCAGGUGGAAGAUCUUCAAGAAAAUUGAAAAAAUGGGCAGGAACAUCCGUGACGGCAUCGUCAAAGCGGGCCCGGCGAUCGAGGUCCUCGGUUCGGCUAAAGCUAUAGGAAAAUGA